GAGCUGGAACCGGUAACCUAGCACUCCAGCACGUUGUGAAGCCGCUAAGUGUUUCUGGCUGCCGCUAAAGGUGAUUCAAAGAAAUCACUUGUUUCUAAAUCGACGAUUCUUUUUUUUUUGAUAAUUGACCCACUGAGAUUCCAGUUGACCAAAGAAAUGGUGAUGGAGAAGCCAAGUGCCCAGCUGGUCGGGCGAGAGUUUGUCCGACAGUAUUACACACUCCUGAACCAGGCCCCCGACUACCUGCACAGGUUCUAUGGAAAGAACUCCUCUUACGUGCACGGCGGCCUGGACAACAACGGCAAACCAGUCGAGGCUGUUUAUGGACAAUCUGAGAUCCAUAAGAGGGUGAUGGCUCUGAGUUUCCGUGACUGUCACACUAAGAUCAGGCACGUGGACGCCCACGCCACCCUGAACGAGGGCGUGGUGGUGCAGGUGAUGGGCGAGCUGUCCAACAACAUGCAGCCCAUGAGGAAGUUCAUGCAGACCUUUGUGCUGGCUCCUGAGGGUACUGUUGCAAACAAAUUCUACGUCCACAACGACGUGUUUCGUUACCAAGACGAGGUGUUCGGAGACUCCGACUCUGAGCCUCCAGAGGAGUCUGAGGACGAGGUGGAGGAGAUCGAGGAGAGGGUCCCGUCCCCCGACGUGGCUCAGGAGGAGUCUGCUCCCUUCUAUGACGCAACACCCUGUUCGGAGCCGACGGUUCCUGGUGACGAGGAGGAGGUGGCAGCGGUGAGUCCGGAGCCAGAGCCAGAGGUGGAGAAGGAGGCCGAGGCUGCCGUCGUGGAGCUGAAGCCUGAGACUAUGCUGGAGACACAAACAGACGCAAACACAUCCGACGACCAGACAGAGAAGAGCCCCGCCGCCGCCCCGCCCACCGCAGAACCUGCUGCUGUGCCCACCGAACCCACCCCCACCGCCCCAGAAGAAAACAGGCCAUUCUCCUGGGCGUCAGUCACCAGUAAAAACCUUCCUCCCAGUGGGGCUGUCCCAGUCUCAGGAAUCCCCCCACACGUCGUCAAAGCCACUCCCACAGCACCGCCCAGAGCCGAGGUGAAGUCAGAGUCCCAGACAGCAACACAGAGACCACAGAGAGACCAGAGGCCGCGGGAACAGAGGCCUGGAGGUCCUCCACCGGUGCACAGAGGACCCAGACCAGUGCGGGAGGGUGAGCAGGGCGAGUCCGAGGGGCGCAGGGUGGUCCGGUACCCCGACGCCCAGCAGCUCUUUGUGGGAAACGUCCCUCACGACGUGGACAAGACCGAACUCAAGGAGUUCUUUGAACAGUAUGGUACAGUCCUGGAGCUGAGGAUCAACAGCGGAGGGAAGCUACCCAACUUUGGUUUUGUGGUGUUUGACGACUCAGAACCCGUUCAGAAGAUCCUCAGCAACAGGCCCAUAAAGUUCAGAGGCGACGUGCGCCUGAACGUGGAGGAGAAGAAGACCCGGUCGGCCAGAGAGGGCGACAGGAGGGACGUGAGGCUGCGUGGCCCAGGCGGCCCCGGCGGCCCCAGAGAGCGAAUAGGAGGCGGCGGCGGACCCCGAGGCCCCCCCACCCGCGGAGGCAUGGCACAGAAACCCAGCUUCGGCUCCGGGCGGGGCGCGGGGCCCAGCGAGGGCCGCUACUCCGCCCAGCGCCAGUGAGGCGGCCGGGAAUCCAAACCUGAGUUACAUUACUACUUGGAGUGGUUUUUGAUUUCCUGCAGCAGAAACCAAUUGGACAAACCUAAAAUGUAACAAAAAAACCUUCUUUACGAAGCACGCAGGAGGAAAACUGAGCGGGAAGUAUUACGUUCAAGUCAGAAUUUGGGUUUCAACACAUACGCCUUGAUCUCUGACUUGUUUCCUGCUCAUUUUUUCUCCAAAAUGCAACAUGUAAAAGUAUUCUGAAGGGAUUUCUGUUAGUAAUUGACGCAGGUUUGGUCGAGAGCUUUCACGUCAAAUCACGCCAGCUCCUGCUGAGUUAACAGCCAGUCUCGACGUCUGUCUCUCAUGAAGACGGCUGCUGCUCCUCCCUCCCCCCACCUCAUCUUCUUCUUUCUCACCUGCUGCUUUUCGUGUCCCUCUGAGGAACCCAGAAUGUCACUCCUUUCUUUCUUUUUUUUUUUUUUUUUAAACCAUCUCUUCCUCCUUUGUCUCCUCUACCAACACGUAUUAUCUGGAGUUUUUUUUUUUGUCAUCUGUUUUUGUUUUGUUUUUCAUGCUGAACUUGAAUUUAUUAAGAAACAAAUCGAAACACGCAAACACAUGAAAAAAAAGGGUAAAUACUACUUGAAUUGGGGAUUAAAAAACCCAGAGGUUAGGUUUUUUUUCGCGUUCUCUCUCCCUGUUUCUUAAAGGAACGUGUACUUUACUGCUUGGGCAAUCCUGUGUAUUGCUGCCACCGUUGUAUCUAGCGAUGGAUCUGUCUUAUCUUUUUAUUCUAUCAGGUCAAGAGCUGAACUGUAAGUGGUUUUAUUUGAGUAAUGUUGGCUUGUAAUAUGUGGAUUCACGGACGCAUCUGAAUGGAGCAUGUAUCAAACCAUGUAUCAAAUCCUGUUAGGCUUCUACUACCGAUGCACUUCAUUUGUCAUCAUGUUUAAAACGAGCUCACCUGCCGAUGAGAGAACUAAAUUAAAAGUGAUUUACUGUUUUAAA